CUGCUUUGGUUGUGUCCGGGCCAGGACGCUGUCAGUGAGGUCGAGGCUCACGUUCCGCUCAUUCUCCCUUGCUCUUCAUUCUCUUUGUAUCUAUACUCCUCGUCGACGAAGACGCACGUCGCCCGCAACGUGUACGCCAUCAUUGUCCGGAUAAGAUAGUCGACCAUUUGGAGCCUCGCAACGCACUGUAUCGCAUAGCCGACCUUCCUUGGACUCCACUGGCAUCAAGUCACAACUGGCGACCCGCUUCUUUUCCUUCCCUUUGUAUCGGCCUCUCAUCAUAUCCGCUGUCAGUGCUGUAUUCGCGAGAUGAGCUGGCUCGUGAACCUCUUCUCAUCGCCGAAGAAUGCGAUGAACGCGCGCAAGAGCAUGUCAUCCACGCGUGAGGCGUUCAGCCUGCCCAUCGCCUCGCCAGGCUUCCAUCCGCACCCCGACGCCUUUACUGCGGAAGCAUUAGCCACGCCGACAAGCAGCACUUCCUCCUACUCAUACCCUCCGCCUGUCGGGAGGGCGGCAUAUGACUACGUUCCUGCCGGGACACGCUCAAGACAGUCAUCUCUUCUUCCCCUGCACUCCUCCUCGGCCAAUCCCCCUCCGCCAACCUCUUAUCCUCCCUUGUCGCACACCUGGGAACGUCUACGCAGGUGGCUUUCCAAAGAAUACCCAGAGUUAGGCGACACGUUGAACUAUGGCAUACUUCCGGAUGAUCUCAAGGCGAUCGAGUCGUCCAUGGGCCUCGUGCUUCCGCCUGCCGUGCGCGAGUCAUAUCUAUGCGUCGACGGCCAAGAGGCAGAAUCCGCAGCAGGAUGCUCGGAGGGCUUGUUCUUCGGCCUAUCGUUACUCCCUCUCGAAGACGUUUUGGAGGAGUGGCGAUUCUGGAGAGACGUAGACGAGGAUCCGAACACCGGUGCCAACCUACGAUUGAGAGAGGUCAUGCAGUCGAUACCUCCAGGGUGGGUGCGGCACGAAUACUCUUGCCGAGGCUGGAUACCACUUGCGACAGAUAAAGCCGGCAACUAUUUAGGCGUCGAUAUGAACCCUGGCGAGUCUGGCCUGCCUGGCCAGGUUAUUGUCUUCGGACGGGACUUUGAUACCACAGUUGUGCUGUGGAGGGGGGAUGGUCCCGGCGGAUGGGGGAAGUGGCUGUCGAGCUUCGUGGAUGACCUUGAGAGCGGGGAAGGGUACGAACUCGGAUCAUCGCACGAUGGGAGCGACGGAAGCGAGGACUCUAUAGGGUAUGAGAGCUACUUCUUCGAUGGUGUCGGCGGCGGUCAAGGCGAUACGGGUGGCGAUGCCGGGACCGGGGGGUUGCGGCUCACAGGAGAGUAUAGAGGGUGGAACAUCUUGGAGGCAUGGGCUGAUCGGAGCGUUCGGAGGUGGCAACAGGCAGGUCUCUAUUCAGACGAAUCGUACCCCGCGUGGAAGAAAGGCAAGGCACCCGAGAGAGUGUCCUUGGAUCGUCUGCAGAUCGCGGCCCCUGGAAGUGGAUCCGCGGCCGAGGUUCCAAUACCAGUGCUUUCCGAGGUGCCUGAGGAGACGUCAGCGCUUGCGCCUGCGCCUGCACCGCUACGCAACGUCACCAACCAAAGUCGUCCAACGAGCAAACCGGUGUUGCCAACCAUCUCGGUCACCAAGCCACCCGCACCGUUGCCUGUUGAACUGCCUACACCCGAAGCGAUCGAUCCUCUUACAUCCGACUCUGACUUUAGAUCACCUCCAGAGGGAGAUCUUGAGGCAGGCGCUGGAGGACGGAUGAUGCGGGAGGUGAAACCGAGCCAGCCGGCUGUGCCUAUCUCUCGGCCGCCUAUAGUGAAGGGCGCUGCUGCUCGUCCUUCAACUACACCUAAGCGAGUGUCAUCUCCUCCAUCGACGGCUCUCACAGAAUCGCCGAAUCCUAUAGACGUCGUGGCCGUGGUGCAGGUGCCCGAUCUUUUGUCUUCCACAGAACCUCUUGAGCGGCCCGCCUCAACUGAAUCAUCGCAUUCACGCGACCUUGUUACGGAGGUGAAGGUUGUUGUCAAAGCAGAAGAGGACUCUCCCGUUCUUGUCCAUGCGGAGGAUAUCCAGCUUCCGGACUCUCCAGUCCCUUUUCUUGAUGGCAAUGGGGACGAUGCGCUGCAGAACGACAUCGUAAUCAUCGAUGGUCCUCAGCCGCCUGAGUUGGCCCGCAUUCGUUCAAAUGAAUCAUCGGUGUCGAAAGAAGGAAAGAAGGAGAAAAGGAAGAGCGCAUCUUCCAGCCGCAGGAGCCUAGGACAGCUUGCAGAUGGGCAGCGGAGGGACUCUUUUUCGUCGAAGGGGAGCGGCUGAUGGCGAGCGUCUGGAGGGACUUACCGGGACAUUCAUUUCGUUGCUCCAUGGUAUCCUCAUUUCCUUCAUCGCAUCGACGCUCCAUUGUAUAUUUGCAUGUUCUGAUACCCAUAGUUACCUUUUAGUGAGAUAUAUCUGAGUCUGAGCAGCCUC